UUAACAAUGAAAGAAAACAAAUAAACCAUCGUCCUUUUAAUAAAAAUGUCUUGUCUCUUUCCACGUUCUCAUUCAUCGUCAAUUUUUAAUAUUCUCGACCGGCCCAUAUCGCUCAGUGGCAUGCAUGUGCGAUUUGAUCUCCGUUUCUAACCGUCCUUACAACCGCGUUUCGUUCGACUUUCCUACCUGGCGGAACGAUUGUUAUUGUUGAAUAAGGACGAAUGGAUUCUAUUCGAUCAUUAUCAGACCCAAGAAUCCAAGCCUUUCUUUCAAGCCGACGCAACGAUAGAAUAUACCAUCCUUCGCCGUCCAACUGGGAGGACCAGGUUCUUUAUUUCCUUCUCCCAGAUCGAUUCUCCGAUGGCAAUGAGCGAGGAUAUCACUCCUCAUCUAGCCAAUUUGAAUCCACCAGUCAAACUCCUCUGUUUCAACCUUCGGAUGCCGGGAAUGCGGUCCGAAACCCCCAAGACGAGGCACUGUGGCAGGAGGCCGGUGUUCGCUUCGCUGGCGGCACUAUCACCGGUAUGAGAACCAAACUCGGCUACUUGAAACGGUUAGGGAUCGGGGCCAUUUGGGUCGGACCCAUUUUCAAGCAGGUUGCCGGUUUAGAGACGUAUCACGGAUAUGGCGUGCAAGACUUUCUCAACAUCGACCCUCGAUUCGGCACUCGUGAAGAUCUGCGGGAGCUGGUCCGGGAAGCGCAUGAGAUGGGAAUAUAUGUGCUGUUAGACAUCAUCUUGAAUCACGCGGGGAAUGUGUGGGAAUAUCAAGGUGGCGCGAAAGAAUACACCGGGGAAGAGUUCCCUGUGGAAGGGUUCUUCGACGCUCAGAGAGUCCCGAACAUCGACAUGGAUCCGGAUGCCGUUGCUGCACAUCUGUCAGCGUAUCCCGACGGUGCGGUGUGGCCAUCCGAGCUGCAAUCGAAGAACUGCUUCACGAGAAAGGGCUCCAUUCGCUCGGAUGGUUGGGAUGAAUAUCCACAAUGUGUCGAUGGCGAUUUCUUCGAUUUAAAGGACAUCAACCUUGGACAACACCAACUGGAAGGAUUCGCUCCCACGCCGGCGUUGCUGGCAUUGGUCGAAGUGUACCAGUUCUGGAUGGCAUAUGCGGAUGUGGACGGAUUCCGAAUUGAUACCGUCAAGCAUAUGGGCGAUGGACCAACACGGUACUUCGCCACUCGAAUCCACGAGUUCGCACAAAGUCUAGGCAAAGACAACUUUAUCCUGAUAGGUGAAAUCCUCGGAGACCGGGUAUUUGAGACCGUUGAAACUACCGGCAUCGACGCAGCGUUAGGCGUCGGCGGUAUCCAAGAGCAGCUCUGGAAGCUACCACGGGGAUUGGUAUCCCCUAAAGGGUACUUCGGCAUGUUCACCAACUCCGCCUAUAUGAAUCGAGGCGCGCACGCCUGGUUCCGCGACACGAUCGUCUGCAUGGUGGACGACCACGACCAAGUCUGGAACCCGUCCCAAAAAUCCCGCUACUGUUGCGGCGACGGCAAGAAGACCAUCCUCGCCGCCGAAGCCAUGAACCUGUGCACUGUGGGCAUUCCCUGCAUCUACUACGGUAGCGAGCAGUGCUUCGACGGGACCGGCAGCGACGACCGCUAUAUUCGCGAGGCCAUGUUCGGCGGCGGUUUCGGCGCGUUCCGGUCGAGGGAUCGGCACUUCUUCAACGAGGAGUUCGCGGUGUAUCGGGCGAUCGCGGAAAUUGCUGAGAUUCGGAAAACGGAGCUGGCGUUGAGACGGGGGCGGCAGUAUCUGCGUAAGAUCUCGAGAGACGGGGCUGCGUUCGGCUACCCGGUCAAAUACCCCCGUGGCCCCAUGCGAUCGGUCGUAGCGUGGUCGCGGAUUUUCGACGAUGUGGAGAUCCUCUGUGCGAUCAACACGGACGGAGACUCAGAGCAGUCGGCCUGGGUUCGUGUCAAUGGAGGUAGCAAGCCGCCGGGAGUAACGUUUGAACCGUUAUAUCCAAAGGGAAAGGCGUCCCUAACAGUUGAGAAGAAAGCGGCCGGUGCGGCUGUGCAGGUAAUGGUCCCUCCUGGUGGGUUUUGCAUGUAUAAAUCCCGGCAACGAGAGUUAACAAGCAGAGACGGACGGAAGAGCUCGCGGCGUUCGAGGUACUUUUGCUGUUGAUCAUUUCUUGCCACGCCUCCUCUAGCCCUGGUGGCCACUUGGGCAGGAAAAGCCUCAUUGACGAGAAAAGGGACAGCUACAUUUCUCGAUACGGGCAAGUGCAUAGACAUACUCAUCAGACGGUCUUCUAUCUGCAAUAUCAAAUAGAUAACUUGCGGUUGCUUAGCUGC